GAUAUCUGGAAAAGGUUUUACGCGAUUUAAAGUGAUUGCAACUCGAGUGAUCCGUCGAUCUGGCAACGCAAACCUAGUUUUUAUUUACGCAGAGCACGACAAAAAAGGAGUGCAGGAACAGAUCAAAGUGCUAUAUCCGAUAUAUGCUCAUGUGCAACGCAUUUCCCAGCAAGUGAACUCCAGAGCGCGCCCACAAGGAGGCCAAGCCCAAGCAGCUCGCCAUGGUGAAGAAGCGUCAGGCGGACAGUCACGACCACGAGAGCUCCACGGACUCCGGCGAUGAGGAGCUACACCACCGCAGCCACGCACUCGGCUCCGCCGGUCAGGCGGACGGAGCCACGCCCUCCUCCGCCAGCUGCCAGCACAUCAAGAAGGCGGUGGACGCGACCUGGCUGAGGCGUCAGCUGAAGGCCACGGGUCUUCUCUACGAGUGCUCCCAGUGCCAGAAGCUGGGCAAGACCGCCGCGGAAGCGGGAGGCACAGCCGGGCCCGGAUCUGGCGGGGAGCCGGGCGACUUCGAGUUCGACAGCACGCUGUGGCUGUGCCUCAAGUGCGGCAGCCAGCUGUGCGGAAGGGCCCGCCACAAGCACGCCCUGGAGCACUACCAGACACCCCGCUCGGACUCGCAUGCCCUGGCCAUGAACACGCGCUCCUUCGACAUCUGGUGCUACGAGUGCGACAUGAAGAUUUGCUCCAAUCUGCGCAAGAACCUGCUGGAGUGCGUGGAGCUGGUCAAGCGGCUGGCCCAGAAGCCGCCCACCAACUCCAACACAGCCACGCCCAGUCCGCCCACCAUCAGCUACAUCGAGCAGAAGUUGCUGGAGCACCUCACGCCCAUGGUGUCCAUGACUGGCGGAUACUUUGACGACGCUGGCGGGGGAGGGGCCGCUGUUGGUGCGGGAGGUGGAAUCAGGGGCAGCCAAGUGGCCAUUCCGAUGCCCCCGCCGCCGCCCAGCUCUGGACAGUCGCCCUCCGGUUCGCUGACCAGCGUGCCGGGAGUGGCCAAGAGGGUCGGCCAGGUCAACCCCACCACCACAGCCGCAGCUACAGCCAACGCCAACGCAGCCACAGCCAAUGGCAACAGUGUAGGCAGGCGAGUCCUGAGCCUGGAGCCGCCGCGCAACGAACUCGACCGACUGCCCAGGGUGCGAGGCUUGACCAACCUGGGCAACACUUGCUUCUUCAAUGCGGUGAUGCAGUGCCUCGCCCAGACGCCGUUUCUGCUUCCCGUGCUGAAGGAACUGGCGGAGCCCGGAGAAGAGUUCGUGCUGCCCGGAGGCACCUUCAAGCUGAAGGACAAAGGCGACAUCGAGCUGCCCAUGAUCAAGGGCACCCUCUCCUCCUGGGGCGGACUCACCGCCGCCUUGAGCAACGCGCUCGAGGAGCUCCAGGCGGGCGGCAGUGUCUUCACGCCGAGCAAGCUCUUCGACAAGCUGUGCAUGAAGUGUCCGCAGUUCACGGGCGGCGACCAGCACGACGCCCACGAACUGCUGCGCCAGCUCCUGGAGAGCGUGCGGAACGAGGAUCUGAAGCGGUACCAGCGCGUGAUCCUGCAGAACCUCGGCUACAAGGACCAGGACAUCAACAGCGUCUCCGAGGAGAUGCGGCAGAAGUGCAAGAUGUACGGCAACCAGGCCAGCGACCGCAUCCUGCGCCCGGAGCAGGUCUUUCGCGGCUUCCUUGUGUCCACGCUGACCUGCCAGGACUGCCACAGCGUCUCCUCGCGGCACGAGUACUUCCUGGACAUGUCGCUGCCCAUGGCCGUGGAGAAGCCCCAGCCGCCGCAGCGCAGGAAGCCGAGUCCGGAGCUUUCGCUGGUCCCCAGCAGCUCCGGCGUCAUCUCCACCCAGACCACUCAGCCAGCGAUCAACACCAAGUUCACGGACGGCAACGUCAACUUCACGGCCACGUCCUCCUCCUUCUUCCUGCACGCCGACCAGGAGGGCUCCCUGGGCCCCUCCAAGUCGCAGGUGAAGAAGGAGAAGGAGCGGGAGCGCAAGGCCAAGCGGGCGGCGAAGCACCAGCGCCACAAGCAGGCCCAAAAGCUGAGCCUCAAGCUGAACGGCAACGGUGGAACUGGCAACGGGAACGGCUUGGAGGAGCCCGGGGAAACGGAGGCUGCGCCGGCUUCCCUGGGCGCUGGCGAUGGCCAGACCAACGACGGUCCCGAGCAGUCCAAGGACCAGACCGAGGACACCACCUCGUCCAGCGUGACCACCUCGGAGCACUCCGACGCCGACGUGGAGGACAAUCUGGUCGAGGAUACCGCCCCGCCGUCGUCGAGCACCUCGGCAGCUCCGCCCAAGUUCUACACGGACAGCAACGGCAAUGCCCAGCCGCUGGGCGAGAAGCGCGACGACACGCCGGAGCACAUGGACAAGGACUCGCUGGAGGAGGACGAGAAUGACUCGGGCAUCGCCACCAGUCCGGCACCAACUGCCACCAACAGCAGCACCAGCACCAAUGCCAUCAACGACUCCAACGCCGCGGGCAACAACAACUCCGGCAACUCCUGCAACUCUGGCUCCGCAUCGGGAUCGUCGGGCGCCACGGAGGAGACCUCGGCGCCGGCUAGCCUGGUCAGUGCUGGGCUCUCGGAGAAGGGCGCCUCCCUGAUCCGCCAGAUCUCGGUGGGAGCCGAGCAGGGUGGCCUGAACGGGGCUGCAGGCACGGACGGAGCGGCCCCGGCUGCGCAGGCGAACCAUCAGACGCAGAAGCAGGCGCAGACGCAGACGCAAAGCCAGACGCCUGCCCAGAACCAGGCGCAGGUGCAGGCCAAGGCGCAGGCCCAGGCGCUGGCCCAGGCACAGGCGCGCACGAAGCGGGUGCGCACGCAGAGCUACUCGGACUGGAGCACCACGAUAGCGCCGCGCUACCAGUGCGAGGACGGCGAGUGCUCCGUGCAGUCGUGCAUGAACAACUUCACCGCGGUGGAGCUGAUGACCGGCCAGAACAAGGUGGGCUGCGACAGCUGCACGCUGCGCAUCAACGGCAGCGACCCGAAGGCCAAGACGGUGAACACGAACGCCACCAAGCAGCUGCUGGUCUCCAGCCCGCCGGCGGUGCUCAUCCUGCACCUGAAGCGCUUCCAGCUGGGACCGCGCUGCAUCUUCCGCAAGCUGACGCGCAACGUGAGCUACCCCAACCUGCUGGACAUCGCCGCCUUCUGCGGCUCGAAGGUGAAGAACCUGCCGAACAUCGACCGCAAGCAGAAGAAGCUGCUGUACGCCCUCUACGGCGUGGUGGAGCACUCCGGCGGCAUGUACGGCGGCCACUACACCGCGUACGUGAAGGUGCGCCCCAAGGUGACGCCGGACGACAAGCGCUGGAAGUUCCUGCCGCACGGCAGCAAGUCGGAGCUCGACCAGGACGACGAGCAGCUGAAGAAGCUGGAGGAGCUGCUGGCCAAGGAGAAGGCGCGCGAGCUGCACCUGCACGCGAUGGACGACAGCGACGACUUCACCAACUCCAGCAGCAACUCGUCCACUUCCGACGAGUGCAAUGCCCCGACCACGCCGCUCGAGGAGCAGCAGCCGCCCCAGGAGGAGGCCGCCCACGUGCGGGCGCCGCCCGGCAAAUGGUAUUACGUGUCCGACUCGCGUGUCCAGGAGGUCAGCGAGGACACGGCGCUGAAGGCGCAGGCCUAUCUGCUCUUCUACGAGCGCAUCUACUAGAGAUCGUGUCUUUAAAGGAUUACCGAGGACGAGUGUGAGUGAGCAGGAGGAUGGAGAAAUGAGGAAGGAGGAACGAGGAAGGAGCGCGUGUCUGGGAAGGGGAGUGCAGGAGAGGAGCAGCCAUCGUUCCAUCAACUAGCUUAGGAUACUCUAUACAUAUACAUUAAUUAAUUUUACUUUCUGCGCGGGGUGCGUCGUCAGAAGAGCUCUCUCCUUCCCAGGAACCCAACAUUGAUUACAAUUAAUUUUUAUUUAAAACUGCAUUUCUGUACAAGCUGGCCCGAAGGACAAGCACGGAGGUUGGAAAAUUAGUGAAACACCUAGAUACGAGAUACGAGAUAUGAGAUAUACGAUAUGAGACAGAGAAACAGAAAGAGAAAGAGACAGACGUAGUGGCGGAGAAGGAGACAGCAGAUACUCACACAUGCCAAAUGCAUUUGGUUUCUCCCACUCAAAAUUUAUUGUACAAUUUCGUUUUUUGGGACAAGCUUUAGUUAGUUAAACACGACGGAGGAGGAGACACGCACUCAUUUUAAAGUAGUUCUCAGGAGAAUGGCUUUCGUUUACUAUUACCAUUAUUUGUGAGUUCUUUGCGAAAAGACACUAAGGGGACAUAACAUGUUUAUUAGCUAUAAGUUCUCUCGGUUCCAACUUUCCUCGAACUACGACGACAGAACGUUACUUAAACCACAAGGCUCGCAAAACCCAGAAAAAAAUCGGAUAAUUAAAGACAAAAAUACAGAUAGAAAGGAGGAUCGAGAGGAGAAAACAAGGAGAGAAACUAUUUGCUGAUGUUCAUAAGGUCUUAUAAUGAAUACGAAUGAAAUAAAACAACCAAUUGCUCGCUUCUGCCAAUAAAUUUAACUUUGCGUAACUUAA